ACUGUUUUUAUUUUUUCUAUUGAUUAUUAGUAACAUGGAAAUUGUUUUGUUAAGUGUUAUUGCAUGUCUACUUCUUGUUUUAAUAAUUGGAAUCACAUGGCUUACGAAACGAAAUGCAAAAAAAACACAGCGUCAAAAUGAUGCGUCAGGUAGGAUUCGUGGAGCACCGGUACGACGGGCCGCAGGGGUGCGUGGAGUUCGACAACGUCGACCUCGAGGAACAGUGGCUGCGGACGUAGAUCAGCUGCAACACGAAGAUAUCGGUAGCAACAAUGAAGCCGACGAAGCUCUCGCAAGCGAGUUAGCCGAUGUAGGCAAAGUAGGAGCCAAGAAACGUGCCAAAUUAGAGGCCAAGGCUGAGAGAAAGGCACAGCGCGAACAAGAGGAGCGCGAGCGUGAAGAGCGUAAAAAGUGCGAACAGCAGGAACAAGAAGAACGAGAUAGGCAGAGUGCGCGUGAACGUGAAGAGGAAAAGCGGCGGGAAGAAGCGGAGAAAGUUGCUCGAGAAGAAAAAGAAAGGCGCGAGCACGAAGAGUACCUAAAACUCAAAGAAGCCUUUAGUAUCGAAGAAGAAGGAUAUGAGGAAAAAGAUGAAGAACAGCAAAAGAAUCUGCUGCAAGAGUUCGUCGACUACAUAAAGCGUAAUAAAGUUGUUCUUCUCGAGGAUCUGGCGCAACAAUUCAAUUUAAAGACUGCUAAUGCCAUUGAAAGGGUACAACAGAUGCAGGCUGACGGCAUUCUCAGCGGUGUUAUUGACGAUCGAGGCAAAUUCAUUUAUAUAUCUCAAGUAGAGUUGGAAGCUGUCGCUAAAUUCGUUCGGCAGCGCGGUAGAGUCAGUAUUGCAGAAUUAGCUGAACAUUCAAACACAUUGAUAAAUCUCAAUCCAGGACAUACUUGCAAUGCUGUUGAAGCCUAGUAUUUUUAUUAAAUAGACGUAAUUUGUUGUGAAUUAUUGUAUUUAAGUUUUAUAUUGUUUCAUAAACAUAAUUUUUUCUUUGUAAAUGGUGUAUUUAUUAUUUUCAUAAAAUUUUAUAUUAUGUAAAAUUAUUACAAUUCACGUCAUUAUUUGUAAUUAAUUUGAUUAGUAAAAAUCCGCCAAAAACUUAGAUUUUCGGAGUGAAACACAGGCCACUUAUCUUAAUAUGCGAGAUAAGAACUACACGAUCAUCGACUUGUGAAAAUGAAUUUGCUACUUUCUAUUUUCAAAGAUUGUUAUUCCAGAAGAUUGUUAUUUCAAAGAUUAUGAUAUUCCAGAAUGACACAAGUAUUUUCAUUAAUUUUUAUUUUAAGUAAAUGUAUACUUAUAGUGAAAAUAUUUUAUUAUUCAAAAUCAUAUAAUUAUUCUUAAAAUAUUUAAAUGAUGUGUCAAAAAUUUUAAACAUUUUUUAAUACUGUGGGGAAAGUUUCCCUGCAUGAUCAGCGAAAAGCGACCACUUAAAUUAAUUGAAAAAAAAUUUACCCAACAUGUUCAAUUAAGAAAUUCUCAUCUGGUGUACUUUUCCUAUUUUAUCAUAUGGGUUAGAUAAAUGUACUAUUCUGUAAAUGAUGUAGAAUCUAUAAUAAGUUUGCAAUCCAUUUUGCCGUGUCUGCACUGCAUGAUUAUAUAAUCCUUGCAAUCCAAAAAUAAAAAUAUAGAUCGAUAGAUUUUACUGAUAAAGACUGUGAAUCAAUUUUAGAUCGUGCUGACUAUUAUAGAUUCUUCAAUAAUAAAUGUUUAAAAAUGUUUCAAAAACAAUAUUUUUUAGGUUUGGAAAUUUAGUUACAUGAUUCAAAUAUUUUUGAAACAUCAUUUUCAAACAUUUAUUUUUAAAGUAAUUAAUAUAUAUAAUGAUCUAAAAUUGAUUUCUACUUUAAUCGAUAAAAACUAUCAACUUAUAUUUUUCUUUACGAAUUGCGAGCACUACUCGCAGUUACAUCUUAAUUUACAUUUGUUUGAAAUUUAUGGAAGG